AUGUGUUCUCACUCUCAAGAAAAAAAAGGAAAGAAUAAAAGUUCACCACAGUAUCAUCAACUGUUAGCCGGCAGCUGUCGUAGUUUGAAGCAGUCAGACCUAACCGCAUGUGGCAUUUACAAUCUCUGUAGUCACUGUUCUUUUUCUCGUGUCUUUCCAGGACUGAUUUUUUUUGGACCAAGUGCCAAAAUGCCAUCUGAUUCUAAGAAAAGAAGAGAUGCCCAAAAGAAGGCAGCUGCGGCCCAAGGUCGAAACAAAAAGAAAAAUGGGUCUGCCAAAGAAGCUGCCACCAAUGGUGUAUCAGUGGAUGCUGUUACAGAAGGACUUGGUGAAAUGGACUUGGUUUCUCAGCAUCGUUCAUGUACAGGGGUCCUUGCUUCACACCCUGAUAGCCGAGAUUUGCAUAUUCACAAUUUAUCCAUUACAUUUCAUGGAGCAGAAUUACUUACGGACACAAAAUUGGAACUGAAUGUUGGGCGCCGUUAUGGUGUGCUGGGAUUGAAUGGAUGUGGAAAGACUUCUUUACUGGCUGCCAUUCAAAUGAAAGAAUUUCCUAUCCCCAAACAUAUAGAUACAUUUUUGUUGAGCAGAGAAAUGCCACCCACAGAUAAGAAUGCUUUGCAAUGUGUUAUUGAAGUUGAUACGGAGAGACUGCGACUGGAAAAAGAAGCAGAAAUGUUGGCUGCCAAAGGAGAUCUGGAAUCUCAUGAACGCCUGAUGGACGUGUACGAGCGCCUUGAUGAUAUGGAUGCUGAUAAAGCUGAGGCAAAGGCCGCAUAUAUUUUGCAUGGUCUAGGUUUUACGAAAGAAAUGCAGCACAGAUCUGUGAAAGAUUUCUCUGGUGGUUGGCGUAUGAGAAUUGCUUUGGCCAGAGCAUUAUAUAUCAAGCCGGCUCUCCUCAUGUUGGAUGAACCAACCAAUCAUUUGGAUUUGGAUGCCUGUGUCUGGCUAGAAGAGGAAUUGAAAAACUACAAAAGAAUCUUGGUGAUCAUUUCUCACUCACAGGACUUCUUGAAUGGUGUUUGUACAAAUAUUAUUCAUAUGCACCUCAAAAAGCUGGUCUACUAUGGAGGUAAUUAUGAUGCUUACGUGCAAACCCGUAUGGAACUUGAAGAGAACCAAAUGAAGAAAUAUAAAUGGGAGCAAGAUCAAAUUGCUCAUAUGAAGAACUACAUUGCUAGAUUUGGUCAUGGCAGUGCCAAAUUGGCUCGACAAGCUCAGAGUAAAGAAAAGACUUUGAAGAAAAUGGUAGAUAGUGGUUUAACUGAAAAAGUUACACAAGAUAAGACAUUGACCUUCUACUUUCCACCCUGUGGCUCUCUACCACCUCCAAUUGUGAUGGUGCAACAUGUCUUCUUUAAAUACGCUGAUGACAAGCCUUUUAUUUACAAAGACUUAGACUUUGGAAUUGACCUUGACAGCAGAGUGGCCUUGGUAGGCCCGAAUGGAGCAGGAAAAUCUACUUUGCUCAAAUUGAUUUAUGGAGAGCUUUAUCCAACUGAAGGAUUAAUAAGACGACACUCCCACUUGAAGAUUGGGCGUUAUCACCAACAUCUUCAUGAAAUUCUAGAUCUGAACAUGAGUGCUUUAGAUUGGAUGAUGAAAUGCUUUCCUGACAUACGUGAAAGGGAAGAAAUGAGAAAAAUCAUUGGUCGAUAUGGCUUGACUGGACAACAACAGGUGUGUCCCAUUAAGAAUUUGUCAGAUGGUCAGCGUUGCCGUGUCAUCUUUUCUUGGUUGGCUUGGCAGAAUCCUCACAUGCUCCUCCUAGAUGAACCUACGAAUCACUUGGAUAUUGAGACAAUUGAUGCUUUGGCUGAAGCUAUUAAUGAUUUUGAUGGUGGCAUGAUUUUGGUCAGCCACGACUUCAGACUGAUUUCUCAGGUGGCUGAAGAGAUCUGGGUGUGUGCAAAUCAAACAAUAACUAAAUGGACAGGUGACAUUUUCAGCUACAAAGAAUAUUUGGCAAAGAAUGUGCAGGAAAAAAUGGCUAAAUUGGAUAAAUAA